GAGAGAGAAGCACGUGUACGCUCGUUUCUCUUCAUGAACUCGACACUCGGUUCCCACAACCACCUGUGGAUGGCCAAUACCGUCAGAUUUCGCUAACUCUUUUGUGAUUAUUUGAAUAAGCAGAUACGAUGAAAAGAUAUGUGACAGUUAUAGCAGAAAAGGAAUAAAGUGCGAUUUGUGGAUUACUAAAGAGUUUAGCGAGAAAGAACCGCAGUUAUUGGGAAAUUUCUACAACCCGUUUACUUUAAUUGCUUCUCCCGCAGUCUAUUUAUUUUCUCCUGGCGGUGGACUAAAUACAACAAGUGCAAAUCACACAGGCUUAACUCAGUUUAUAUGUCAAAGAAAAUUUUCGAAACAGCUGAUCGGAGAUAUCAACGAGGAAAAAAAUAGUGAUCCAAAUAUCGCGGUAACUUAUGACUCUUUAAAAUAAGAAUCGGUUAAAAUUCCGAAAUACCCGAUCGGUUAGACUUUUAAAUCUUUCAACAAACAACAAGUACAAGAAAUCGAACAGCCGAUCGUGCAUAUUCUUUCCUGCAAUUCAGUGUUACCAAGAUUAUUGUUUUGCGUGUGAUUUACAAGUGUUGCCAAGGCCGUGGGUAAGGUAAUCGUAACAUACAUUCCGAUCGCGAAGGCUAAUCUGUAAGUGAUUUAUCCUUGCAAGACACUAACAGUGAUAACGAGAAAGUGUGAAAAAUCUGAGCAAAUCUCCCAGCAAAGUUUCGUUGAGCGUGACAACUGCCCGGCGUUCGCGUGUGGUCAUUAACGAAAUCCUCGUUAUGUAUGGAUUGCGUUCGGUCGGUCGACACAACGCAUGACGAAGAUGAGAUGAAAGAUUGUACUUAAUCCUUAAAAAAAUAAAUAAAAAUAUAAAAGGAGAAGAUAAGUGGCGACAAAUUCCUUUUCGUUCGGUCGCAUCACACCGUGACACAGAUAACGAAAGAGAGAAAGCGAUAGAGCGAGAGAGAAAAAAACAAAACAAGAAGAGAUACAUAAAUAUUAAGACACAUCCCACGUAUCUCCUUGAGGAAAAGAAAAGAAUAGGAAAAAAAUAACACGAGAUGUCAGUCUACAGCCAGAGUACGAAGGACGUAGGUGCUUCCUAAGGCAUAGGAGGAGGAGCUAUUAAGAAGGAGAACGAGGAAACGCAACAAACACACCCUGUAAGGAGGGAAAUUACAUACAUCACAAACAGACAAAAGAGCGUCGCAAGAUGGAUUCCUGUGUGCAGCCACUCGGCCUAGGCAGCCUCCCUUCCUCCCACAUGUUCCUGCUGCAGCCGCGCCUACUGCUGCUCCUCCUGCUGUUCCUGCUGGUUGGCGGGCAGGAGCCUCCGCCUAACUAUUCGCACGACUUGCUGCCCGAGACUAACUUCACCUGCAGCGACAAGGCGACGGGCGGUUACUACGCCGAUCCGGAGGCAGGCUGUCAGAUGUUCCACGUGUGCGUCAGAGUCUCCGAUGAAGAGAUUCGCGACUUCAAGUUCCUGUGCCCGAACGACACGGUGUUCGACCAGCAGAACUUCAUCUGCGCCAACUGGAGGGACAUCGACUGCAAGCGCUCCACUCGCUACUACAGCAAGAACGACUUGUUCCGGGUGGACGAGUCGGCGGCCGAGGAGGAGUACGAGACCGAGUCCUCGAGCUCCGUCUUCUACGAGGACGCCUACGAGUACAGCGACCUGCAGGGCAGGAACUCGCCCGAGUACGUGUACGAGUACUACGAGUACGAGGCCGACCACAGGUUCAGCACGGGCGCCGGCGGCAGGAAGGGUAAGUCCCAGGACGGGGACGCCGCGCAGUCCCCGAACGCCCUCUCCACGUCCCCCUCGAUCGCCACGGCCACCACUGCGGCCGCUCCGUCCACUUCCACCACGACCUCCACCACCACCACCACUACAACGACAACAACAACGACAACCACCACUACGACACCCAAGCCUACCACCACCACCACUACAACCACUACCACCACCACCCCCCGGCCCACCACAAGCACGACCCCCCGCAUCACCACCCACCGGCCGCCCCUGCCCUUCCGCCCCGCCUUCCGCCUGGGCAAGCCCGUGGUCAGCAUCAGCAGCUCGCCGAGGCCCGGCCAGGCUGGCCCCCCCGCCCCAGACCGCGCCUCGAGGCCCAACUUCUCCGGCCGCUUCGAGACCUUCCUGGCCGACGAGCACGAGGACGAGGACAACCUGUUCCAUGGCGUGAGCGACCCCUUCGCCAGCUACGACUGGCGCCGGGAUUCCUCCGGGGUGACGGCGUCCACGAAGACAACCUACGAGCAGCGCUUCGGGACGGGCCCGCGCGCCCGCCCCGCGGCGCCGCUCUUCUCCCCCGCCAGCAGGAACCAAGAGUUUACCUCCACCACCGCCAGGAACAGGGAGCCCGAGCCCCCCGCGCCCACCACGGAGAGGGCGGAGGAGGAGGCCGCGUGGACGGGCCGGCGGCGCGGCAGACUCUCGUCAAGCCGAGGGACCUCCAGGUACGUCGACCGAUCCCGGUCCCCGGCCGCCGCCUCGCCCGACGCCUCCCACGGCGAGUUCGCCAACUUCCGCUACUACAGGACCCUCUUGGAGAAUGGGAACUCGGGCUCCGCUGCCGCGCCGCAGGACGCCGCCGCGGGCGCCAGGGUGCGGCCCUCGAAGUUCGUCUCGUCGAGGUCUGCCUCCAGGAACACCAGGUACUCGGUGUUCGGUUGAAGGAGUAGGACCUAAUGCUUUCGUCUACGCCUUGAAC